GUGUGCGAGGCUCGGCUCUGUGUGAGUGGGUGCGAGGCGAGGCUCUGUGAGCGCGCGGGGCGGCUCCGUGCGAGGCUCCGAGCUCUUCCCCGUGCCGGGGCCGCUCCCGGGGCGCUGCAGCCCGGCCGGCGGCUGUGUCGGCGCGACCCGCGGCUGCCGGUGCUGCCGGUGCUGCCGGUGCCGGUCGCUCGGCUCGGCUCGGCUGGGCUGGUGCCGAGGGGCGGCCCCGCGCCCCCCCGUGCUGCGGGGCGAUGCGGCGGCAGCGGCGCGGCGCGGGGGCGGCGAUGGGGGCUCCCGGAGCGCGGAGGAGCGGCGCGGCGGGGCCGGGCAGAGCCUGACGGAGCGGCGAGGAGGCUGCCGGGUCACUAUGAACAAUGGCCCAGCUAUACUACAAAAAGGUAAACUAUUCACCGUACAGAGAUCGGAUCCCGUUACAGAUAGUGCGAGCGGAGGCAGAGCUCUCAGCGGAAGAGAAGGCCUACCUCAGUGCUGUGGAGAAAGGGGACUAUGCCAGCGUGAAACAUGCCUUACAAGAGGCAGAGAUCUACUACAACAUCAACAUUAACUGUAUGGAUCCUCUUGGUCGCAGUGCCCUCUUAAUAGCCAUAGAGAAUGAAAAUCUCGAGAUCAUGGAGUUGCUUUUGAGCCACAGUGUGUACGUGGGAGAUGCUCUGCUGUAUGCAAUACGGAAAGAGGUGGUGGGAGCUGUGGAGCUGCUGCUGAAUUACAGGAAGCCAAGUGGUGAAAAACAGGUUCCAAACUUGAUGAUGGACACUCAGUUUUCAGAAUUCACUCCAGAUAUCACUCCAAUAAUGCUGGCGGCUCACACCAACAACUAUGAAAUCAUCAAACUGCUUGUCCAAAGACGGGUAACAAUUCCACGCCCACACCAGAUCAGAUGCAACUGUGUGGAAUGUGUCUCUAGUUCGGAGGUGGACAGCCUGAGGCAUUCCAGGUCAAGGCUGAACAUCUACAAAGCCUUAGCCAGCCCUUCGCUGAUUGCCUUAUCAAGUGAGGACCCCAUCUUGACGGCCUUCCGACUGGGCUGGGAGCUGAAGGAACUCAGCAAAGUGGAAAAUGAGUUCAAGGCUGAAUAUGAAGAGCUUUCGCAGCAGUGCAAACGUUUUGCUAAGGACCUUUUGGAUCAAGCACGGAGUUCUCGAGAACUGGAGAUUAUUCUCAACCACAGAGAUGAUCAAAGCGAAGAGCUGGAUCCCCAAAAAUGUCAUGAUUUGGCAAAGCUAAAGGUAGCAAUAAAGUAUCACCAGAAAGAGUUUGUUGCUCAGCCGAACUGCCAGCAGCUACUAGCAACACUUUGGUAUGAUGGCUUUCCAGGAUGGAGACGGAAACACUGGGCAGUAAAACUCUUGACCUGUGUCACCAUUGGACUGCUAUUUCCUGUGCUAUCCGUGGCAUACCUGAUCGCACCGAAGAGCAGGCUAGGACUGUUCAUUAAAAAGCCAUUUAUAAAGUUUAUCUGCCACACCGGCUCUUACCUGACCUUCCUUUUCAUGCUCCUGUUGGCAUCGCAGCACAUUGUCAGGACUGACCUCCACAUGCAAGGACCGCCUCCCACCAUCGUGGAGUGGAUGAUCCUGCCCUGGGUUCUAGGUUUUAUCUGGGGAGAAAUCAAAGAAAUGUGGGAUGGUGGAUUCAAUGAGUAUGUGCAUGACUGGUGGAAUCUGAUGGAUUUUGCGAUGAACUCCCUCUAUCUUGCAACUAUUUCCCUUAAAAUUGUUGCCUACGUCAAGUAUAACGGUUCUCGUCCAAGGGAGGAAUGGGAAAUGUGGCACCCGACUCUCAUUGCAGAAGCCCUCUUCGCUAUAUCCAACAUUUUAAGUUCCUUGCGUCUCAUAUCCCUGUUUACAGCAAAUUCACACCUAGGACCAUUGCAGAUUUCUCUGGGACGCAUGCUGCUAGACAUCCUUAAAUUCCUUUUUAUCUACUGUCUGGUGCUUCUGGCUUUUGCCAAUGGACUGAACCAGCUUUAUUUUUAUUAUGAGACCAGUGCCUCAGAGGAACCCAACAACUGCAAGGGGAUCCGAUGUGAGAAACAGAACAAUGCCUUCUCCACACUUUUUGAGACUCUCCAGUCACUCUUCUGGUCUGUGUUUGGUCUGCUGAACCUCUACGUCACCAACGUAAAAGCCAGACAUGAGUUCACAGAGUUUGUUGGGGCCACUAUGUUUGGAACCUACAACGUCAUCUCCCUUGUUGUGCUGCUGAACAUGCUCAUAGCCAUGAUGAACAACUCCUACCAGCUCAUUGCCGACCAUGCAGAUAUUGAGUGGAAGUUUGCACGGACGAAGCUCUGGAUGAGUUACUUUGAUGAAGGCGCCACUCUGCCCCCUCCUUUUAACAUCGUCCCAAGUCCUAAGUCAGUCUGGUACCUUUGCAAGUGGAUUCACAAUCAGCUGUGCCCAGGCAACGACUCUGACAAUGAACAAAAGAGGCAUGAAAACCUCAAAACAUUCACAGAACGGCACGCCGACAACCUGAUUCAGAAUCAACAUUACCAGGAAGUGAUAAGAAAUCUUGUGAAAAGAUAUGUUGCAGCAAUGAUAAGAACUUCCAAAACCAACGAAGGUUUAACUGAAGAAAAUUUCAAGGAAUUAAAACAGGACAUCUCAAGUUUUCGCUAUGAAGUCCUUGACCUCUUGGGGAACAGGAAGCCCCAAAGGAGAAGUUACUCUACCAGCAGCACAGAGGUGUCCCAAAAGGAUGAAGCAAAUGAGGAUGAUGUAGGAGAAACAUCCAAAGCCAAGAGCGUGUCUUUCAAUGUAGCCAACAAAAAGAAGGACUUCAAUGUAUCUGCUCUAAUUAAAACUAUGUCUGGGAUCAAUAUGGUGGAAGAGAAGCCAAAAAGCAAUGGGAUCAGUAAGCGCUCCUUUGUCCGAAACGGAAAUAGAGUUCAGAGACUUUCUGGCUCCAAGAAGGAGUCCUUUAAGAGACUGGGCCUGCUUUUCUCCAAGAUGAAUGGACACGUACCUGAACCAAGUUCAGAACCCAUGUACACUAUUUCAGAUGGAAUUAUUCAGCCACACUACAUGUGGAAAGACAUUAAAUAUUCUCAGAUUGAUAAAGAGAAAGAAGAGAAUUGUUCCAAAAGUGAAAUUAACCUCAAUGAGGUGGGCUACAGUGGCAACACAAGACUUAGAGGACAGAGCAAGGAGUGCCCUGUGGUUUGUACCAGCUCUCUUCACUGUGCUUCCAGUAUUUGUUCCUCUAAUUCUAAACUUAUAGACUCGUCAGAGGAUGUGUUUGAUUCAUGGGGAGAUGCUUGUGACUUGUUUAUAAACCAGUGGAAAGAUGGACAGGAGGAUCAUGUUACAACUCGGCUAUAAGUAAAGCUAUCUUAACACUCGCUGGAAAACUUCACCAAUUAUUUGUAAUGGUUUGCUCUCAUCUGAUUUACUAUUACUAUUUCCUUUCUGUCCACAGGUGGAAAACAAAACUGGAAAUGGAGUUAUGUUAGCCUGUUUUAUAGCCAUCUGCACUUUUUUUAGUUUACUUUUUUUUUUACACUCACAAAUACUAAACUAAAGAUUUCACCAUUUAUGAGGUCACUGUAAACCACACGAAUCUCCUUUGGAUGCAGUCCUGGUCUUCAAACCCCACAGACUUCAGACACGCUGGUGGCUGAGUAAAGGAUUUCUCCACUACUUUCAUUAUCAUCCCAUUGCCACUGGGUUGUCACUGCUGCUACCCAACACUAUCAUCUCUGCAUCCUGCUCAGUUUUCCUCAUCAAUCCAACCAGCUGGUGAGCAGUGGCUUAGCAGGAGGUUGAGAAUCCUAUUUAAAAUCUUUUUAGAAAGAGUUUCAACUUAUAACUGGCUUCUUCUUUUCUUUAAGCAAUACAAACUCUAAUUCUUUCAGUUGUGUGUGUUUUUUUCAGGUUGUUUAUUAAUAUUGUAAAUCAUUACUGAAUAAGAGAGUCCUUUGAUCAUCCAGCUAGAAAACGUUAUGAUUUGCUUGUUAACCUAAUUCCCAAAAGAAAUUCCCUCUGUAGGGAGUAGAAUGACCUUCCAGUUAAGCUGAUGGUGGAAGGCAGUACCUGGCCUUGCUAACAAAUUCUGUAUAGGUGAACUGACCCACAACAAGCUGUGGCUGCUGGAAACAAACCUCCGUAGGGUUCUUGCAUUUCUAAAGGCUUGAAUCAGCCUCAGCCCUGAGCCUUCCCCUUAUACCUAAACUAGAGGCUUCACCAUUUAUACCCCUCAAACUUUAUCUGUUGUUUGAAAUUCCUGAACUUGCUUCCACUGCUGCAUUCACUUUUUGCUGCCUCUCUGAUGGCUGUCAGGUUUUGGGAAGAAAAUCAUCCUCGUGGUGUAUGACAAAUGCUAGGAGAGAUCAUCUUCCCUGGGCCUGAAGAGCAACCCAAGCUACAGCAGCUCAGACUGCAUCUGGCAGCCUGGAAAGGCUCUGCAUUUCCAUUUCUAAGGUUCAACAAAAAGGAGUGCAGCAGUAGAUGUUCUCUUUUAUUUCCCCAGUUGUGGUAGUGUCUGUACAGGGUCUAAGAACGUCACCGCUUUUGUCCUAAGGAGCAUCAGAGAGGGGAGAAGACAACCCCAUCAAAGGCAAAAUGGUUGAAUUUUUAACAGCAUUUUGAUUUAUUUUUUUUAACACCGUGAUACCUGAACUUUCUUCUGUGGUGUUGCUAAGAAACACAGGCGAUUGGCACUCACUGCCACGCCAGAGCUGUUACCAGUUAGCUGCUUUCUUGGCAGAACCGAGUCCUGACCAGGAGCUCAGAAACGGCCUUCCCGUACAACGGAGCUUCAUUACUGCACUCGUGCAGUCAUGGCCUAAGGAUCUGUUCCACAAAGAGGUUACGUGAGCCGGACUGGAUCCCACGGGGGGGUUUGCCAAAAAUCACCUCUUCUCAGAGCCGGGUUGUGAAUGGCAUUUGUAAAAGCAGAACGCUGGAUAACCUCCAGCUGCCAUCAGCACUGGUCAGGUUUUGGCAGCAAGAGGCUGCAGCAGCUCUCCUGGCAGCACAGAGGGUCAGGAAGAGAGGGAUUUCUCACAACAGUGCCCCUCAGGAGAGAGACGCCUGCAGCUGGAUACUCUGCCUGGGUUUUAAACCUGGCUCCCUCCUCUUGUUAAGGAAAAGCACUUUGUUGGGCUUUCCCUUUUGACCCCUGAAACAGCAUCACCUAAAGCACCUACAGAGAAAUGCGAGCGAUGCAGGCGGCUCCUGUAGCAGUGUGGCAGAUGCCAACAUUGGGCUCUGGCCAGCUCUGAUGUCCAGACAAAUCGGCAAUUACGAGCACAGGCUCAGCAAUGCCUCUAUAUUCCUCUCUUAUCAAUGACAUCAGUCUCGUUAACAGCACGCGGUGCAAAGCCCAAGGUUUGUAAGCCUCGAGAUGUGUUAGUUAAGGCAGAGCGAAAAGCAUUUUUGGAUCAACAGAUUUCAGACUUCCAAACUAAUUGCAGGGUUAGAGUUGUCUUUGAGAAGUGCAUCUCCUCUUCCUUAAAGAAAAGCUGAGCAAACCGACAGCGGCGCUACACAUGGAGAAUUGCAGAAUCUCAGGGUCAGAAGCAGCUCGCUCAGCGCUCGUGAAGAAAUCCGGCACCCCUGUCGUUUAAGAGGCAAAUUUAUCGGUACACGGGAGCUGCAGUCAGAACCCACGGGAAGCAAUUCUCAAAGCAGCUCACAACAAAAGCCUUCAUAAUAAUUUAAUAAAUCAAACUGAGCUCAUUUCUGGAAAGAUCAACAUCAGCAAGAGCCGCUCCAGGGGGAUGAAGGAAAGAGUUUGAAUCAUCCUGUGCCUCACCCCACCACACAGCAGUUUAUGAACCGCACUAGAAAUGGGGCCACCAAAUCUUUUAUUUUAUUUACACUUAUUUCCUGUGUAAUGAGUAAGAACGAAAACAAUUCAGGUACGGUUGUGCAGACUGCACAGAGCUGGAGGCUGGGACAGAAGCAGGGUUCAUAUCCUUUGACAGUGGAAAGGCUUUUGAGUUUUCCAUGAGAGCAAGCGCGCUGCUGCUGGUGAUGAUCACUUUGUGUCAUUCAAAUGCAGCACUGCAUUACCAGGUACAAAAACUACAAUGAAACACAAUUAACUCCAUAACUGGGGUGCCCCUCAAAACGCAAAAGUGACACUGGGCAGGACAAACCCCUUCUGUGCAAACUGUGUGAAGCGUGUUCCCCUGCUGUGUCCCGGAAAGGCAGGGGCAGGAACUGCCCCACGGGAAUGGCGUGAUGGAUAAUGCAGGCUGCAAAAAUCUCUCAGUAAUGUCAUCUUAAAGGCGAGAGGGACGUCACGUGGCUGCUUGGCUGGGGCUCCCCUGGGAUCUGUUUCAUGCCUCAGAUGCUUCCUAGCUCCCAGCGAUGAGCGAGUUGGAGCUGACUUUGGAAUUUAACACAAAUAUUUGAUUUGGCUGUGAUUAAUAUGUCUGUCCAGGAGUUUGGCAACUGUCAGAUUGGUCCCCUGAAAGGCAAAAUUCUGUUUGAUUGCACCUAUGCAUCUCCUGUAGCAGCUGCUGAGUUAUUAUUUCUCUAAAACAGGAGCUUCAGGGGAGGGAAAUUAAUGUAUGUUGUGAAAAGCGCGUUUGGUAAGCAAAACCUGUCUUUUUAAAAUUCACUUGCAGUCACAGUAUUUGGGAUUUCACUGGUUUUUUUUCCCUUUUCAAUUGCUCAAAAAGAAAACUAGUUUUAGUGAAAGUUAUUCUUUCCUUCAGAGAAUUCAGUGAGUGACUCCUACGCUGCCCGUGCCAGCGACCAGGGUAGGAGCUGGUGGGACACUGAGCUUCUCCUGUGACAAGCUAAACUUACCCUUGGCUUGGGUUCAAGACACGCAGCUGGUACAGGCUUGGUCUUUCUUCUCUGGGCUUCAGUAACAAUCCUUAUACGUACACAAGGAAUUUGGAAUCAGGAAUGAGAGAGAUCUUGACCACUUAUCCUUUUAGGUUUCUUGCUCUUGAAGUUGCUUUCUUUCUCACCUCCCACCCCCGGUGUCAUUUCUGGCUUUUUAGAGCAACACACAUACACAAAUGAUCACCAAUUAAGAAGUUAAUUAGUAACACCAGGGUUAAGAAUAUCAAACAGAGCUGGACAGUGUUUGUACUCAGGUCAGAGAUGAGAGAAGUUCUUUCAGAAACAAAUUCAUAUCUCAGCAGAUUUGUGGAUAAUUGCAUUUGUAUAUUCCUCACCGGUAUAUAUGUACAUACUCGAGUAUUUGUAUGUGUGGUCCCUACCGAGGAAGCAUGCACAGCGGUUAGAGCAGGGGAUUGGAGAACAGGAGUGCUGCUGGUCCCAGCUCUGCCACUGACUCACCUGUGACCUUGGGCAAGUCACUUAGCCUCUAAUGCCUCAGUUUCCCCAUCUGUAAAAUAGGGAUAAUAAUACUUACCUACCUCGCAGGGGGGGUUAGUUCAUGUUUAUAAGCACUUUCAGAUCUUCAAAUUAAAGGCGCUAUAUACAGUAAGUAAUUAAUAUUCGUAGCAGUAGUAUGUACUUUUAUUUUCUUACAACUAAUUCAGGUUAGGAUUUAACUGUAUAUCCAUUAUGAUAGUUUUCCAUGUAGAAAACUAGCAUGGUUUCCCACAAAGGGAAUUUAAGGGACUUCUGCAGUUGACAGAGAACAGGAGCAGCAUACCCUGGAAGCCUAAGCUCUCAAAACUCUCGCUUUUGUGAUUUAUCUCUCACCCUUUAUGUCACCUUUCUGCCUUUGUGUUUCAUCCUUUUUCUGAUGGUACAUGUAACAUAAUUUUUAGCAGAAACAGCACUGUAAAUAUUAAGAAUAUUUAAAUAAAUAUAUUCAUGUAUAAAUAUAAAACCUUACCUUUUAA